CGUGACUCCGGCGAGCUGCGAGGACGCGGCUGUUUACAAACAAGCGCUGGUUUCGUGUCAACGCUGCUAAGCCGAGACUAAUAAAUAAAGACCGCGGAUGGAAAUGGAAAACUCUCAGCCUUACUUCUUUGGAGAUAUAGGCUGCUGGGCAGAGAGGACAGAGGUUCACAAGGCGGCGUCCCUCGGCCAGGCGUCCCACCUGGAGCACCUGAUCCAGAGCGGAGCCUCGGUCAACAUGGUGGCUGUGGACUCCAUCACUCCGCUGCACGAGGCCUCCAUCCGCGGACAGGCGCAGUGUGUCCAGCUGCUGCUGGAAGCGGGAGCCCAGGUGGACGCGAGGAACGUGGACGGGAGCACCCCGCUGUGUGACGCCUGCUCGUCCGGUAGUUUGGAGUGUGUGAGGCUCUUGCUGGAGCACGGCGCCAAGGCCAACCCUGCCCUCACCUCCCGCACCGCCUCACCCCUCCACGAGGCCUGCAUGGGAGGCGAGUGCCUCACUUUUAUUUGUUUCAUGCACAGCGUUUUAUGUGAACUUUCUACAAACAUACAUGCUGAAGUACUCUCCGAUCUUCUCUCAGGUAACUCAGACUGUGUGGAGCUUUUGAUAGCUAUGGGCGCUUGUCUCGAAGCAUAUGACCUCUACUACGGGACCCCGCUGCACGUGGCUUGUGCUAAUGAACACACAGACUGUGUGAAGGUGCUGCUCAAUGCAGGUGCUAAAGUGAACGCGACCCGGCUGCACGAGACCCCACUGCACCACGCUGCUAAAAGCAAGCGAGUUGAGAUGAUUGAGAUACUGCUGGAGUUCGGGGCCAACAUCUACGCGAGAGAUCAGCACGACAGGAAACCCCUGGACUACACCACGCCGGGUUCUCCCUCUGCAACCUGCCUGCAGCUUUACGAGACUACUCCUAUGAGUCUUCAGCAGCUCAGCAGGUUAGCAGUGAGGAAGGAGCUGGGCACCAGGGCUCUGAAGGUCAUAGGUCAACUGAACAUGCCGAAGCUCAUCAUCAGCUACCUCCGCUACCAAUGAGUGUCACCUGGAGCAGGAGCUGGAUCAGAGCUCGACGAGUGACUGGAGACACGUGGUGCUGCUGCGCCACUCUACUGCUAACGCAGUAUAGGUGCCACUGCUUUAGAUAUGGUAACAGCUGACACGCAGAUUAGUGCCAAGGUGCCAAGCACAAUCUCAUCACAUGCUUUCAUCAGCCUUUUUUUUUUAUUAUUAUUAUUAUAAUUAUUUAUCAAAACUGCACUUUCUUCUCAAGACUUGAAGCGACUGGAGGGCUGAGACCUGCACAGCAACAAUAUGAGUAAAUCGAUUCAGGAAAUCCUCUCAUACCGAAACUAGCACUUUUUAGAAGAAGCAUUUAAGCACUUCAGUUUUCUUGUAGGGUGUUUUGAUGACCGUUAAUCAUGGUUUUAAAAGGGCAACGUUUAGAUAAAAGUUCUUCUAAACAAUCUUCGUACUAACCUUGUGCCAGCUUGUGUCAGAACUUGAAUUCAGAAGGCAGCACUGGGCAACGCUCGCUUUGCUUUAUAAACAGUUGGCUCUGGUUGGUAAUCACGACCGCUCUGUUUGACAGUUGCUCUUUUUAGUCCGUUCAGACGUUGGCUGAGAAUGUCAACAACAAAAGUCUUAAACAGCAUUUAAUAAUGUGUAGAAAAAUAAACAGAACGGGUGCUGCAAGAGAAGAUCACGUCUAAUAUUAGACACGACCGUGGAUGUGGAAUUAUCUUAACCGGAGGUCACAAAGCUCAGGGAGAGCGCUGGUACGUUGCGUUUGUCAACCUGGAUCAGUUUCCAGAUUCACCGGGAAGAAGCACACAAAACUGUGAGGCACGUUGUAAAUGCUGAGAAGCUGUCAAAAUAUGAAACGGGACAUGGCUCCCUUCGUAUAUAUUCUCUGACCAAGGACAAAAAAAAAAUGUAAAAAAUGCCAAGCCAUGGCAGGAUCAAGCAGACAUCGAUCCCGUCUGCUUAUUUAUAGCUUAGUGCUUAGAGCUCGCUCUGUAAAAUGUGCUUAUAGACGACCCAGGGUGUUCAGUCAGGUUUAGUUAUAUUUAGCUGGAGUUACAGGAAGUUGUUUAUGAAUUCCACAGAAAUUGUUUUGAAUCUUCUCAAGUGUCAUGACCUAGUUUAUAGGUAGGUCCAAUAACUUUGAUUUAUUCUGUUGAGGUUAAAUCAGGCCUACACACAUUCUUCGUGACUGGACAGAGCGGUAGUGUGUGUCACUGUGUAUGUUUCAGUUGUGACGCUGUCUCGCGGUUUUUCCCACCUGGCUCAGCCUGUCCCAGUAUCACAUGCUACAUCCUUUACAGCUUGCAUCAGUAUUGUGUUCUUCCUUAUCCGAGUGUGAUGAGGAAACAUUACCUAAACCACAGCAGCUUCACAUACACAUUUUAUCUCUUUAACUACACAUUUACGUUUUACUAAAAGAGCGCUUAACGCUUAAUUUCUUUUAGUAUUCAGUUGUGCAGCUCGCAGCACCUGGACUCUUGUUUGAGAACAAUUCUUCUUCACUCUUGUCAGUUGUGUGAAAGUUUCGUGAUGAUCUCAGCCUGAUCAAAAACUUUCAAUAACUGCAUACAGUGAUCAGCCACAACAUUAUGACCAAGUUUGGAGUAGUGAGAAUCUUGUGAUGGUUCCAUGUUCUGCUGGGAAACCUUUGGACCUGGCAUUCAUGAAGAUGUUACGUAGAUAUGUAGCACCCACCUAGACCAGACCAGAAACACCCUUGAUACAGAAACACAUGUUCAAAAAACAUGAAGAACAGCACAAGGUGUUGACCUGGCCUCCAAAUUUCCAAAGUAUCUGUGGGAUGAUCCACAGAGGCCUCCACAGGACACCCUCAGACGGCCCAUGAAGGUGGUCAUAAUGUUGUGUCUGAUGGGCGAAUAGCAUGAUUUUAAUCUUUUGAAAUAAACUCACGCACGUGCAUAUUUAUAACCAUCACUAAAUGCGGUCGGGCCAGAUGGCUAAUCAAAGCACGAUAGCGUAAAGCUGAUCACAAACAACCAAAUUUGGUGAACACAGAAUUUUGCAAAAAAAUAAAUAUUCAGUGAGCGUGACUUUUUCAAUCUUUUCAGAGCCAAUUACAAACAGCAAAAUGUGAGCUUAUUUUCUCUGCCUGCCCCUUUCCCCUCUGCUCUUAUUAAUCAUAAAACACGGUACACGUGCAGCCUACUGACGUCAGCCUGCAGGAUUUUGGGGUGUUUAGGUUCACCGCUUUCAGACCUCUUUCUUUUCCCCAGAGCUGCCAGCGAGCACAGUUACCUUGUGCAACUUUGGAAAGCACGUGUCCAUCUGACAGCUCUCAUGGAGAUCAGAACCUGAGGGGUUGCUGUGUGUCUGGCAGAUCUUUUCCAAUCAUUAAACGCUAAUAUUUCAUACUUUCAGACCCUUAUCCUCAUCUCUCGGUUCACUCCCCUCAUUUGGCCGGUGCCCUAAACGUGCCUGGGCUGCACGAUGCUGGCUUGAACAUGGAGCUUGUUGCGCUCCAUAAACCGGCCGAGCUGUGGGAGUUUUUCACGUCAACAUACAAAUUCUUACCUACCAUCUUUUACAAUCUAUUUGUACUGUUAUUAACACUGUAAAACACAGGUCAUUGUAACUGUGGCCAGUAAAUAAUCUUGAGGCACAUAUCUCAUGGAGCGAUCCCUUUAAGACAUGUCAAAAUAUCUGACUGUGAUGAGGACCGGUCUUCUCCAUGCAGCUUAAAAUAACCACUAAAAACAUGCUUGGGUUCAAAGCACUUUAAGUCCAGAGAAGGGACUGGAAAAAGCAAUGAGAGGAUGGCAGGCAUGAAGGGAAUGUCUUGUUAUCUAAGAUGAGACAUGGCCCCUGCAUCCUCACAGGAAUGUUGAACUUCAUUUUGAUCAAUAGAGUGGUUGGUUCGUUUGAAAACCCUCUUCCUCUUGGUUCGUCACAAUAAAGAGCCUUGGCAGUUCUUUGAGUUUCGUAAGUGUUACUGAAAUGCUGGGUUUAAUCGUGUGCCAUGUUCAGAGCACACAGAUUUAUAUGUUUAAGGUGCUACAGUCUGAGGACCCACCGUCCCACAAACACACACACACACGCACACACAAAAUUGUUCCAUAAAUGUUUAUGUUCUUAAAGUGUUUUGAUCUGAAUGUGAUUAAUAUGUUGAUUUACUGAGUAAACUGUGUCAAUGAUA